ACUCACGCUUCCGGGUCUGGUUUGCUUGCUGCUGGAGGAGAGGAUGCGGAGCUGCGAGAGCAGCAAGAGGAGGAGAAUCGCGGAUAUCUCGUCCACCAUGUGAAAGAGGAGCGCCCGCCGCCCCACUCCGAGGCUCCUUCCCCCUGGUCAGCACACUGAUGAAAUGGAGCCUGGAACAAAUUCUUUCAGAGUGGAGUUCCCUGACUUCUGUAGCACCAUUUUGCAGAAGCUGAACCAGCAACGCCAGCAAGGGCAGCUCUGUGAUGUUUCUAUUGUUGUUCAGGGACAUUUGUUCCGAGCCCACAAAGCUGUCUUGGCAGCCAGCUCCCCUUACUUCUGUGAUCAAGUGCUCUUGAAAAACAGUCGACGGAUUGUUCUGCCUGACGUCAUGAACCCCAGAGUGUUUGAGAACAUCCUUCUCUCAACUUACACUGGGCGCCUGGUGAUGCCUGCGCCAGAGAUCGUCAGCUACCUCACAGCAGCAAGCUUCCUUCAGAUGUGGCACGUGGUAGACAAAUGCACUGAGGUGCUGGAAGGAAACCCUUCCGUUCUUUGUCAAAAGUUGAAUCGUGCCAGUGACCACCAGUCCCCCAGCAGCAGUAACUACAAUGGCCUGGUGGAGAGCUUUGAGAUAGGAUCUGUGGGGCAGGCAGACUUCCACAAAGUACAGGAUGGUGAAACUGAAGAGGAAAGCUCGAAAGAUGAACUGUUGUCUCAACUCACAGAACAUGAGUAUCUCCCCAGCAAUUCUUCAACGGAACAUGACCGUCUGAGCACAGGGAUGACAAGCCAGGAUGGAGAGGAAGGAGCAAGCGACAGUGCUGAAUAUCAGUAUGCCAGGCCCCUUUACAGCAAACCGAGCAUCAUGUCUCACAAGCGGUGGAUCCAUGUGAAGACAGAGAGGUUUGUUCAGGACUGCGAAGGGGUGGAGGUGCACGGCCCUUACGAUGAGCAGCAGGUGUCUGAAUCCAUGAAUGCCAUUCAGGUGGGCCACUCUGUCCCGACGUCUGGCCCCGAAGACCUUCGUGUCAGUGAAAAAAAGAUGGAGACAGAGUUUGGCGAGCAAGCCAAUGAAAGCAAUUACGAUGAGCAAGUGGACUUCUAUGGCUCUUCCAUGGAAGAGUUUUCUGGGGAAAGGGCCGAUGGGACACUCAGCCUUCAGAGACAGGAUGCUGGGGUUGCUGCAGGUUAUGGAGAUAGCAUGGACGUUCCCUCAGGGAUCAAGGAAGAAAAUGCCCUGUCUGGGUUCUCUACAGCUGACAAACUUUACCCCUGCCAGUGUGGCAAAAGCUUUACCCACAAAAGCCAGAGAGACCGCCACAUGGGCAUGCACCUCGGCCUGCGGCCUUACGGUUGUGGCGUGUGUGGUAAGAAGUUCAAAAUGAAGCACCACCUUGUUGGCCACAUGAAAAUUCACACAGGCAUCAAGCCUUAUGAGUGCAACAUUUGCGGGAAGAGGUUCAUGUGGAGGGACAGUUUUCAUCGGCAUGUAACGUCUUGUACAAAGUCAUACCAAGCCUGUAAGGUGGAGCAGAACACUACUGAGAUGAAUUGAAAACAGAUGCCAGGCAGUGGGGCGGGGAAAGUGUAUGGGAAGGGAAAAGGCAGAGAGAACCAGAUUAUAUAACUGCAUCAUAGAGUAACACAGAAUGUAUAUGUUACAUAGAGUGUGCCAUGUACUACGCUGCUGAGAUUCUGGAUGGUUUUGUUUAAAAUAAAAUCCUAUAGCACAAGUGGGAUCACCUGUGGAGGCAAGCAGGGAAUUCUGCCCAGACUACAAGUAAGGAGGCAAGUUUGAGUGGCGGUACUUUAGUGUAAUUAUAAUUAUUGCUAUUUAUUAUUCUUUGUGUUUUGGUAGCACUUGAGGAGAGGGGUUCCCUCUCAUCUCAUUAGUGUUCUCUGCUCUCAGUGAGUCUGCAUAUAGAUAGCUGCACAUCCUGAGCGCCUUGGUUGGAUGACUGUAGUCCCAUGUUCAGAAGUCCUUGUGAUUUUGUUUAGCCAAAUAGAUAUAUGAGCAGUUACCAUUUUUGAACCAAAGGGGCAAUUAUAGAUACUUUAACACAAGUUGCUAGACAACUUUCAGGGGCCGACAGCUUUAACAAGCGGCUGCUUUUUUAAUCAGUCAGACUUUGAGUUCCAUUGACUGGCUCUGUUUAUCUUGGCAGAGUGAUUCUGCUUCAUGCUUAUUUUUUAAUUCUUUUGUAAAGCAGUUGGCUAUUUUGUGAUGGACACUUUAUAUAGAUACUGAUUAAACUAUAACCUCAUCUCUCUCCAACUCCUCAACCCCUCUCCCUGUUGUGCCUCAUACAGCUAGCCAGUCUGCACUUUUGGCUGCCACAAUAGUGAGUAUCAUCUUUGCUCCCCAGUUGGAGAUUAAAAUGCUCUUUUUUCCUGGCACUUGAGAUUCCAGGCAGGCAUCUGUCCAGUUUUCAUUUUUUCAUUUUUUCAUUUUUUGGGGGUAUUUUCUUUGGGAAGUGUUGGUUAGGUACCAAGACUUCGGAGAACAAAAUCCAAUGUACUGAUUUCUGUGUCACAGUUUGCAAUGAACACUUUUGGUACUGAUCUCCUCACUUAACUCAGAUGGGGAGGCAUGAGGGACUGAGGCUGGGGAAACAGCUCUAAAGGAACGUACUCUGCUUCACUCCCUAAGGAAGCUGCUUGAUGAUUAAGAAUCAAAGAAUGACUCUUGCUGGAUGCUCCCCAACGGUGCUGUGCAGAUAUCUCCAAACCUGGAAGCAGCUUGUGGAUUUCGGAACAUGAUUCUUAUCCUCUGUGAAGGAAGAAUUUUUAAACACUGGAUACUUUUUUUUUUUGUAACCACAAGUAGUUAUAAAAUUUAAAAACUAGAACUGCUGUUAUAUUCCUUCCUUCCCACUCCUUUUGUCACCCCAACUACAGGGUGAAUGCACAAGAAACUCGGAACGGUCAAAGCAUUUGUGCUGCUGUUUGAUAGUAAUUGGGGGGGGCAGAAAUCCCCUAUAUUUGCUGUGGACAGAGGUUGUCAUAUAUGUUGAUUGGCAAAUGAGGUGUUUCCUUAACAGAAUACUCUGCCAGUGCCAAGGAGGCUUGCUAGUGGCAAGGCAUGUCGUUUCCCCCCCCCCCCCAAAAAAACUUCAGCCUGAAUAGAAAAAAAUGUGGGGAGAUUGGUGGACCUUGUGCAUAUUCACCUAGGAAAGCAAACAUUUCAGGGGUUGUUACCCUCUUCCCUUAACUACAGAGUUUAAACAAACUUUUCAUGUGAUAAGCUGGCCUGGAAUAUGAGUUUCUGGCACAAAUAUGGGUUUGGUUGUUUGGUAAGGUUGUAGUGCUGCAACUUCUCAUUUGGUGAGCUAUUUAAUGGCUUUUACUUACAAGAAAUGUUAAAAGCUUUUCUAAAUCAACACAAUAUCAAUUUUUUAUAUAUAUCUUUCCCCCCUCAGUCAUAGGUAAUCCACACUUAUGAUAUUUCUGUUGUUGGCACUUGCAACAACAAAUAAUCUGCUGUUCUCCCUGCUUAGAUGAGCUCAGCAGCACACCAGGGUGGAAAUGACUGUCACUAACUUGAACCCUACCAAACAAGUUAACCCAACAGGGAUCUUCUUGCUAACACUGUAACCUGCUAAAUGUAUAGAAGCACUUUGUAUUUAAAAACAAAACAAAAACCAUUUAUAAAUGUUUUUUAGAACUUCCAAGAUAGAUAUAUAUAUAUAUUCCCUCUGGUUUGUUUUCUUAUUCAUGUUGUCUGCUCAAAUUUUUCCUUGUCUUCAAUCUUGAAAUUUUAUAUUGAAAAGAAGCUUUUGGUUUAUAUGAGCACAGGGUCUGGGGUUUGUGUAAGAAGAACUGAUCCUAAGGGUCUGCUUUUAGUUUUGUCUUCUUCUUCUUCUUUUUUCUUUUUUCUAAAAAAAUCCUUAUUGCCUUAGAAUCUCCAGGAAGCCAUUUUAUUUGCAAACUUCUACAGCAGGUGUGGGGAAACUUGGACUCCAGCUCCCAUCAUCCCUGACCAUUGGCCAUGGUUGCUGGCUGAUUGGAGUUGUAGCUCAAAUGUUCCCUGCUCCUGUCCUUUGGGCUCUGUUAGGGAAAAGAGGGCCUGUACUUCUUACUGCUCCCCGCAGCAUUUCUCAGCUUUCCUUAUGCUGUGACCUCACUCAAACUUUUCCUCUGUGCUGCCAAUCUAGCCAUAGCAAAUGGAAGGAAGGCUCAACCUGCCCCAUUCUGACUACUAACAUUUUCUACCUGCCCUGCUAUUGUGCUGUUAACUGCUUCUUGGUGUGACGCAUUUAAGCAGGCAAAGCUUUUUCUGCAAUGGAGAACUGGGAGUGGGGAAACCUCACCUGUUUAAAUGUUGCAUGUUAAGCAGCUACAAGAGUCACUGGAGCAGAGGCCUGGCAACCCUACUCCAAACCAGAGUUCCUUCAAGCCUGCAUGUAGACUUCUUGGUUGGAUUAUCUCCCUCUAUUAGCUUGAUGCCUUCUCUGGACAGGAUAUACAGAGGUCAAUUGAGUUUAGGAACAGUUUUUGAAUAACUUACUACAAAGCUUUGAUAUGUAGGUAAGAUGGUUAGGGGUUUCCUACUGGAGUGUAAGCCCGGUUCUCAUGUCAUGGUAAGCCAGUGGCACCUGCUUCGCUUCUCCCCUUGGCUUAGUGGUAUGUCAACCUGUCUUGAUUUGCUCCAACCAAGACUAUGAUUGGUAAACCAACAAAAAACCUUAGUUUCACUUUGUGGUUUGUUUUGGAGCAAAACAAAUCACGUUCUGCUAUUCAGUCAUAAUGUUAAACCAGAGAUUGUGGUUUCUUGCUCUUAACUUGUGCUAAUGGAGGAGUAAAUCAGGAGCUAUAGGUUAAGUAUGGUUCACCAUGAUGUGUGAAUACUGUCAUUUUCACUUUCAGUGUUAAAUACAUCCGGGGGGGGGGGGUAUUCUCUCCAGGAACUUGGACUGCAAUCCUGAGCCAGUUCAGAAAAUGGGCAUGAUGGCGGCAGUUCCAAAUUGACUGGCUUACACAUAGUUGACUGGUCAUUAUUCUUUGGCCCUUACUAUUGGGUUGUGUGGGAAAUUCCACCACAAGUAGCUACUGGGAAAGGUUAGGCCCAAAGCUUGGAAUUUGUACACCUCCCAACAGUUCUGUUCAUGGGCCCAUAAUUUUGUGCAUAAGAGGGAUGAAAGAGCAAUAUAAAUUACCACCAUGCUAUCUUAAAUUUCCUUUAUUAAUAAGGGAAGUGAUAACUAAUGAUGCCUUGCCAACAAAUCUGUAAAAAGUUUAUGCUACUACCAUCCUUGUCAUAUUUGGGGUACUUUAUGUGACUUAUAUUAAAAAAUGAAACACGACUUUGGAACUGUAUAGAAUGCUUUGAUAUCAGGGACAUCCUUCACUUUUAGAGCAACCUUCCCCAACCUUGUGCUCUCAAGAUGUAUCUCAAGACGUAUUGGACUACAACUCUAGUCAGCCCCAGACAACAUAGAAGACCGCCAGGAUAAGGAUGGGAAGUGGGGAGAAAAAGCCCUUGGAUACACUUGAAGUAAAGCCCCAUCUGCACCAUAGAUUUAAAACAGCAUCAUACCACUUUAAACAGUUAUGGCUUCUUCCAAAGAAUCCUGGGAACUGUCAUUGAUUGCAGGUGCUGAGAGUUAUUAGAAGACCCCUUAUUCCCUUCAUAAAACUACAAUUCCUGGAAUUCUAUGGGAAGAGGGAUUGAUUGUUAACCUAGAAUUCUUUAGGGGAAGCCAGGACUCUUUAAAGUGGUAUGAUACUGAUUUUGCUUUAUAGUGCAGGUGGGAGUUGAGUCUUGAAAAGGGCAACUAGGAUGGGAUAUCACUUUAUUUCAUUAUAGCUUUUGGUGGUCCGAAAUCACACAGUGCAAGUAGAUAAAUAGGUACCGCUCCGACGGGAAGGUAAACGGCGUUUCCGUGCGCUGCUCUGGUUUCUCCAGAAGCGGUUUAGUCAUGCUGGCCACAUGACCCAGAAGCUGUCUGCAGACAAACGCUGGCUCCCUUAACCGAGAUGAGCGCCGCAACCCCAGAGUCCUCUGCGACUAAACUUAACUGUCAGGGGUCUCUUUACCUUUACUAUAUUCGUGCUGAUUUGUGAAGCUAAAACUGCUGGGUUUGGGAACUCUGUUCUUCCUGAUCCUUAAAGGAUUUUAAGAGGUAUUAACCACAGACCCUGAGUGCUUAACGGGUGAUUUGUCAACACUUUGCUAACACAGCAUGCUUCACAAGUUGAAAAGAGUGUAGAUUUACUGUAAAGACUGCUUCUGGCAUUCCCCACCCCUUCAAAGUGGCAAAUCUUAUGUGUUGAAUGUUUUAGGGCAGAUACUAUUUCUAAAUAUAAGAGUCUAUUUUAAAAAAAUAUUUGUUUUUAUCUGGUAGUGGAAUGUUAAUACAUUCUGUAAGCAUACACAUUUUAAUUCAAAUAUUUCUAUUUAAUUUGGAUAGUUAAAAUCAUUAGGUCUAGCAGCUAGAGCCCUGAAAGCAGAGUUGAAAAAUGAAUUGCAUAUUAACAUUUAUUUUUAAAGCAGGGUCAUUGUCAUACUUCUUUGCUUGAAACCUGCUUCCUACAUCAGCCACUGCUUCUUUUCUUCAACUAUCCCUUCUGGGCUCCACUAUAUUUCUUAAAUAAAUGUAACUGUUCAUAUGCGAGUGAGGUGAACCUUUCUUGUUCCUCUAAAAAAAAUCCCCCUCAAAAGCAUUGUCACUUGUAAUAUUAUAGUUCAUAUCCUGUUGAUCUUCUGUGAGUUGUUACACCUAUAUUGCAAAGGAUGGAUAAUUUGAUCUCUCUUUUAAUAUUGCUGUCCUAAUAAUGUACAGCAUGGUUUUAUGUGACAUUACUGUUUCAUUGUUUUCUUCUUAUAGAAGAGUCUGUUGGUCUUUUGUAUAACAUGUUUUAAUAAAUGUUAUCUGUCUUUUCCCCCUGGAUUUUUACAUUUAUUUAUCAAAAAUAUAAUUGCACUUGAUAAUACACAUUAUAGGUCCUGAAAACUUUAUUGUGGCUUAAUGGACUUGAUGCGGGAUAGAAGUUCUGUGAAAGCUUAUGCUAGACUUAUAAAUACACCAACAAAUGUUACUAUCCUGCCACCACCUCCCUCCAGAAAAAUACCAACCCUGAUUUCCAUGCUGGUCACGGAGGAUGGAACUGAAGAACUGCAUUGCAAAAUUAGGAGAAGUGCAAAUUUUGAAAGGUGACCUGCAUUUUCAAUUGCUUGUUUCAAAAAAUGCAAGUUAGGUUUGUCUUUAAGGGCAGACAGAAUUGAAUUUCUCCCUGAUUGCUAGUCUUAGAUUACUAAAAAAAAAAGUUGACCAGUUGGACUGGCAGAGGAAGAAUGGAUCACUUGGUCUUCUCUCCAUCAAACCCAUUGUACCAUAUUUCCAUGGCAAUCAUAGAAGAGGGGACUUUCCUUCUUUUGGCUAACACAGGAACCAAAUGGGCUGGCAGAGAAGGAUUGGGCCAAUGCACCCUUCAUCCACAUGGAAUUCCAGGUCACAUAUGGCUAUCAAGUGAGUUCUUAAGGAAAAAAACCUGACUCAAAGUGGAAAGAAAGUUACAACUUGUAAGAUGCUUUGUUAUAACAAGCUAACGUGACUACCACUCUGGAACACCUCUGAUUAGGAGUGACCUUAAAAUGGAAAUUGAAGCCUGGGCUUGUGCUAAAUUUUGUAUCAGAAUGGCUGCUUUGUUGUAUUUUUGUGUUAUGUACAGAGCCUGGUGAGAAAAUCAGGAAAAGAAGCAAUAGAUGGGCUUUUGUCUGCUUAUGCACCAUGCAUUUAAAGCACAAAUCCAUAUAAAAAAAUACGUAGGAAGUGUAGUUUGAGGCUGCUGAAAACUAGAUCUUUGAGGGGUAAUCUACAGUUUCCAGGAUUCUUUGGGGAGGGUGCUUAUGUUGCUUAUGUUUGACGUUUGCUUAUGUUCGACGUUGCGCUAUGGUGAAUUUUCCAUCAGUGCAAGGUUUCUCCUUGUGCAAUGGAAUGUUACCUCCCUUUGCCCCCUGCAUGCCCACUAAAUCUGCUCUGGGGGUUCCCCAAACACAUUGGGACAAUUUGGGGGAUGGUGCAGGGCACAAGGUGGCCGAUGUGUUGGAAGAAAGGUGGCAGAUAACUGGUUUCUGAUAUGCACAAAAAUAAUGUGAUACCAUUGUGGUGAACAACAUGAAGACUGUCCUCGAGGAAGGAUGUCCAGUUCCACUCAUCAAUGAUCAAAUGAGUACAGGGGGAAAUAUAAGGAUAAAUAACUUAACACUGUAGUCACAACAAAUGGAAUUUAAUCUCCCCAUUUUGUAAGGGUAUCCAUAUUUGGAAGUUUCUUUCUAAAACAUUAAAAAGAUAUAUCCAGUCUCAACCAAUUUGCCCUCUCUACAGCUGUCAUAACUGACAUUCCGUGCUCUGGACCAAGAAUAAUGUUUGCUUUCCAAACAAAGUGGGUGAACUUCAACUUAAAUCUGGUCACUUUGCUAAAUCCACAGUAAUGCAUAAGAACCUUCUUGCUCUACACAGUUUUCAAAUAGUGAACACGUUGAUUCAGUGCCCUUUCCAAGUUUCUUC